AUGCAUUCUUACGUGCGACCGAAUCAGUUCGUCGCCUUCAAGCUCCCGUCCGAUCAGACGAGGAUCCAAAAGAUUGUCCCUAAUACCCAAGUAUUCCUGGGCAAAUAUGGAACGUUCCCCGCCAACCAGAUCAUCGGUCGUCCCUUCUACCUCACCUUCGACAUCCACGAGACCCCCGGCGAGCCCGAUAGCACCCACCUGCGCAUUGUCUCGGCGGCCGAGCUGCAUGCGGAACACCUUAUCGCCGAAGGCGAAGGCGACGGUGACGACCAAGAGCCCAGCGAUGAGGCAUCGACGAUGCGCACAAAUCGCGACACGAUCGACGAUCGCUCGACGCAGAAGCUGACCAUCGAGGAGAUCGAGGCCCUGAAGAAGGAGAGCACGGGGGCCGGCAAGGAGAUCAUCGCCAAGCUCCUGGAGUCACAUUCGGCGAUCGAUCAGAAGACGGCAUUCUCGCUGGCGAAGUACAAGCUACGCAAGGAGCGGAAGUACAUGAAGCGGUUCACGAUCAUCCCCUUGGAUGUCAGCUAUUUGACGAACUAUAUGCUGCAGGACAAGGAGGCGGCGAGAACGCUGGAGAUGCGCGACGAGGCGCUUGGUCUGCUGGGGUGUUGGGGCAACGUGCACCACGGAGGCAGCACCUCCUUCGACAUGGAGACCGUUCUGUCGAAUCCGAAUGGGCGGUACCUGGUCGUGGAUGAUACCGGUGGCUUGGUGGUCGCUGCUAUGGCGGAGAGGAUGGGGAUCCUCUACCCGCAUGAUGGAGACUUCGAUGACGAGCAGCAGGACGCUCAUCAGAAAGUGCCUGCAACCGCCGGCGCUCAGGCGGAGCACGAGGAGGAGGCACAACCGACCGAGGGUGGUGCCCCGUCACGUCGGAAUCGUCGCCCGCAGAUGUCUGCGCAAGGCAACACCAUUACCUUGCUCCAUGCGAACAAGCAACCCAAUAUCAGUCUCCUCAAAUACUUCGGUUACGAGGCCGACGACCCGAGCGACUCUCACCCUCUCUACACGAACUUCAAGACUGUUUCCUUCAUGCAGCUUCUGGACCCCAACGCAGACAGCAUCUACGCUCAGGAACCCACGGAGAUCCCCGCCGAGGAGCUUUCCACAUUCAAGUCGAGCAAGCGCAGUGCUUACCACCGCAAGCGUGGUCGGUGGAUGCGGGUACGACGAACCGUUGACGAGGCUCGGGCUGGUGGUUUCGAUGGCUUGGUGAUCGCAACCCUGAUGGACCCGAGCAGUGUGCUGAAGUACACGAUCCCACUAUUGGCCGGCUCGGCCCCUGUCGCCAUAUACUCGCCCAACAUCGAGCCCCUGACAGAGGUAAUGGAUUUGUACUCUACCGCAAGAAAGACUGCUUUUAUCAACCGAAGGCGCGAGUUGGUGGAGCAGAAGGCCACAUCAGAUGAUUCGGUCGAUGUGAAAUCUGAGCUCGAGGAGGAAUUCCCUCUCGACCCAACCCUGCUACUGGCACCUACCUUGGAGACAUCGAGAGUUCGGGUGUGGCAGGUCCUGCCAGGGCGCUCACAUCCCCUGAUGUCCAGUCGGGGUGGUGCGGACGGCUUCAUUUUCCACGGAAUUAAAGUUGUUCCCACGCAAGAACACAUUGAGGCAGCAGGUAACCCCAGCCGCAAGAAGAGAAAGGUCGCUCGGUCAGAUGAGACCCUGGCAGACAGUGGCGAGGGUGCUGAUGUGGAGAUGACUGUGUAA